AUGACAACUAAAUACAUAGUUUUGGUUAGAGCACUUAGUACAAAGAUUAAAAUGAAAGAUUUAAAAGAUCAAUUAGAAAAGAUUAAAGGAUUUAAAAAUUUAAAAACAUUUUUUACAACUGGAAAUAUUAUUGUGGAUGUACAACAAACAAUGACUAAAAAAGAAGUUUGUAUGGAGAUUUCAAAUGUUCUAUCAAAUGAAUACCAAAUGGAGAAACCAUUGAUGGCAAUUUUCAAUAUUGAAGAAUAUAAUGAUAUAUUAUCAUCAAACCCAUAUGAAAAAUCAAAUGAAACUAAAACUGUGAUUUUCUUUCCAAUUAAUGAAUUUUUAAAACAAUCUGAUUGUGAUAAAGAUAAAGAUUUCAUGACAAAAUCAUCUCAAUGGCAAUUAGUAAAUGGUGUCAUUUGGUAUUUAGGUCCAACAACUGGUACUGCUUCUGAUGUUAAAAUUUUUAAAUUAAUUGAAAAAAAGAUAAAACCAGGUUCAAAUCAUGAAUAUACAUUUCGUACUUUAAGAUCAAGUCAAAAAAUAUUAGAUACUGCAAAUAAAUAA